AUGUUAUCGACCCGAGUAUACUCGAAGGCACGAGUAUACGCCGACGUCAACGCCCACAAGCCCAGGGAGUACUGGGACUACGAAAACCACCAGAUCGAGUGGGGGGACAUCCGCCACUACGAGAUCAUCCUGAAAAUCGGGCGCGGGAAGUACUCCGAAGUGUUCCAAGGGGUUAACGUCCUCAAUGACGAGCCCUGUGUGAUCAAAGUGCUCAAGCCCGUCAAGCUUAAAAAGAUCUAUCGCGAAGUGAAGAUCUUGCAGAACUUAACCGGCGGCCCCAACGUGGUGGGGCUCUUGGAUAUCGUCCGCGACGAACAGCUGAAGAUCCCCGCCCUCGUGUUUGAAAAAGUGAAUAAUGUUGAUUUCAGAGUGCUCUACCCCAAGUUCACCAUCGCUGACAUCCAGUACUAUUUUACUCAGUUGCUUAUUGCCCUUGAUUACUGUCACCUGAUGGGGAUUAUCCAUCGCGACGUCAAGCCGCAAAACAUCAUGAUCGACCCGUUGCAACGCAAAUUGCGUUUAAUCGACUGGGGGCUCGCUGAGUUCUACCACGCUGGUACCGAUUUCAACGUCAGAGUGGCGCUGCGAUACCACAAGGGACCGGAGUUGUUGGUCAACUUACAGCAGUACGACUACCUGUUGGACUUGUGGCUGGUGGGGUGUAUGCUUGCCGCCAUCAUCUUCAACAAAGAGCCGUUCUUCAGAGGCGACUCCAACAACGACCAGUUAGUCCAGAUUGCCAAGGUGUUGGGCACCGACGACUUGUUGGCCUACUUGGCCAAGUACGGGCUUAAACUCAGUCCCGAGUACGACGGCAUCUUGGGCAACUACCCCCGCAAGCCGUGGGAGCUGUUUAUCACCAAGGACAACCAGCACAUGGCCAUCCCCGAGGUGGUGGACUUGAUCGACCGGUUGUUGACCUACGACCACCAGAUGCGCCCCACCGCCAAGGAGACGAUGGACCACCCGUUUUUCAAGGUCUAA